UUCAUCGUAGUGAUAGCGAGUGGAAGAUACUAGAGAGGCCAAUUGCGAUUAAUUCUCAGAAUCCAAUCGGCAUAUCUAAUUAACCACACAGCGUCAUUUCAUUCCCUCUGAUCAAUCUCCAUCUGCAAAAGAUGGCAGACGUGGUUCGCUGGUUCAAGCUGAUGAAUAUGAUUUUGCUGAUGCUGUGUUUCGCCAGCCUGAAUCACGUCGACGUUUUGGCUCACGUUCAUCAUGUAAUCGGGGAGCAGCCACUGUCUAAGAUUUCCAUUCACAAGGCCACUUUUGCGCUCGACAUUCGCGCGACCAUUAAAGCAAACCCUUCUUUGCUUGGCCUCAAGGGUGACGAUACAGAAUGGGUGACUGUAGAACUCAAUGCCCCUAAUCCAUCUGAAGAUGAUUGGGUGGGAGUAUUUUCUCCUGCAAAUUUCAAUUCAGCUACCUGUCCCCCGGAGAACGGUGAGUGGAUCGAAGCACCAUUCAUAUGCACGGCCCCAAUAAAGUACAAGUAUGCCAAUGACUCCAACCCAAACUAUACAACAACAGGAAAGCUGUCUUGA